UUUGACUUUUAGCAUGAACCUUCCUCUUCUUCUGCCAGCCAUGAAAGUUGACCAAGAAACCUGUUUCAAAUGUCAACCCAAGUUAUCUUAUAGCAAGAAAUCCUUCCGGACUUUUCUGAGCUAUGAAUAUUUUUUUAAUUGCAGAACAUUGAGUUUAGUUUUGCUUUUGGAUUUCUCAUGUUUUUAAUCUCUGUAUCCAGGCUUUUUAACUCUCAGGAUCCUAAUCUUGUAAGUAGCUGCAAUUGAGUUAGCAUCGAAUCGACAGUCAGAAUUUGAACGUCUUCUUUUUCUUUUCUUUCCUAAUUAAGAGAAGUGUGUAAUAGUAGUUGGAAUUUCUGAAAUUCAGUUGUUCCACUUCCCCCUCGUCUUUUCUGUUGUUGCUUCUUCAAUGUUGUCACGAAUUAAGAACUGGGUUUUGGUUAGAAGUGAUUCCAAUGUUCUUGAAUCCGUGGGUUCGAGUUCACGUUCUGGGUUGCCUAAUGAACUCUUACUUCCGGAGGAAAUUCGUGGGAGGGUUGUUUUGUACGAUGUCUUCAUUAGCCACAGGGGAUCAGAUGGGAAAAUUUAUGCAAGAAAAAUCCAUGAAAGUUUGAAAAGGUUGGGCGUCAAGAGCUUCUUGGACACAGAGGGGAUUCUCAAGGGAGAGAAUCUCAGUGCGGUGAUAGUCGAAGCAAUAAACUCUUGCACUGUGUUUCUGGUUAUACUGAGCAAAGGCUUUGCAGAGUCUGCAUGGUGUUUGGAGGAGCUGAGGCUUAUGCUGAAUAAGGUCAAGGAAGAGGGAAACAGUGCAGUAUUGCUUCCUGUGUUUUACGGUGUUGAACCAGAUGAUUUAAGGGACAUUAGGCAUGGACCUUUUAGCAAGGCUUUCCAGAUGCAUAAGAAAGGGAAAGAAUUCAGUUCAGAGUUGAUCAGGAAAUGGGAGGAGGCUCUGAAGGAAGUUGCCAAUGUUUUGGGCCCAAGGUUGAGUGAUUUUGAAGGGAAAGAGAAGCUUUUGAAAUCUGUGGUCAAAGAUAUUAUCAGAAAAGUAAAGAAUGUGGACUUAGAGACUCCAAAGUUUCCUGUUGUUGUUGAUGAAAGGGUCCAUGAAUUAGAUAUUUUGGUAAAAAAUGCCAAGUCUCUGAAUGCUACUCCUUCCAUUGUUGGAAUUAUUGGGAUGACUGGGAUCGGAAAAACUACAGUUGCCAAACAGUAUUUCAACAUGUUCCAAUCAUCAUUUACUUCUGCAUGUUUUAUUGAUGGUAUUAAACAGAAAGCAAGGAGCAUUGGGCUUCCAAGCAUACAGCAAAUGCUUCUAAAAGAACUUGUUUUGCUUGAUGUUGACAUUCAUGAUAUCCGCUAUGGAGUUAAACUUCUUAAAAAACGUCUUCAAGGGGCUGAGGUUCUCAUAGUUCUAGAUGAUGUAGAUGAUGUGGUACAACUGCAAGCAUUAAUGGUGCAGGAGGUUCUAAGUCCUCAAAGUGUUAUUUUAAUUACUACCACAAACUGUACAUUAUUGAUAGAUUUUCCAAAUAUCUGGCUCUAUAGAAUAAAUAAGUUAGACAGAUGCAAUAGCAGGAAGCUUCUGCUUAUGCAUGCAAUGAAGAAACCAGAAUUGAUUCAUCCAGAGCUUGAUGUCCUGGUUGAACAAUAUUUAGAUAUUUGUGAUGGAAUACCUCUGUCACUGGAAGUGAUCGGUAGAUCAUUGUCAGGUAUUAAUAGUAAACAUUAUUGGAAGAAUACUUUAGAAAAAGUAUCUAACAGGCUACCAGAAGAGAUUACAAGGAGAUUCAUGUUGUUUUUUGAGACCCUUAACCAGGUUGAGAAGGAUAUGCUUGUUGAUAUUGCCUGUUUCUUCAUGAAUGAGCGUUCUCACUUUGCUACCAGCUUCUGGGAUGCCUGUGGAAUUUCCGGUGCAGAUGUGCUCAAAGAUCUCAUACUAAAAGACGCCAUCAUAUUUGAUGGUGGAAUCAUUUCAAUGAAUUCACUGAUGAAGGUAUUUAUUCUAAAAGUUGUUGAUGAAGAGAACAAAAGGGACAGACAACAUAUAAAGCAUUGUUGGAAGCCUACAGAUGUUCAUAAGGCAUUGCAGCAUAUUUAUGGUUUCACAGACAUUGAGUACUUGAAUUUGGUAGCAGAGAAAACAGAACUUUCAUCUUUGCCAAAUUUCAAUGAUGUCUAUAAAUUUACCAUGACAUCAAACAAGUAUGUGAAUAACUUUGUCAAUGCAUGGCCGGCUGAGUGUUUCAACAAAAUGGAUAAACUGAAAUUGCUGUUGCUGGAAAACGAUUGCAUUAGUGGAGAUAUAAGAAUGUUACCUGAAAGAAUUCUUUGGCUCCAGUGGCAAUCCUUUCCAUAUCACUGUCUUCCCUUAGAAUUUCCCAUUAGCAGCCUGCGGGUUCUUAAAUUAGAUGGGUCGAGACUGUCCUCUUUGUGGGAUACAAGUGAACCAUCCAAGCUCCCAUUGCAGUUAAGGCACCUCUAUCUUGAAGGAUGCCCUAAUCUUGGAUCACUUCCAGCAACUAUUGGGAGUUUAAUGAACCUACAAACAGUUUUCCUCACAGACUGCAAAUCAAUUACUUCUCUUCCUGAUGAGAUCUGCAACUGUCAAUCACUAUACUGUCUUGAAAUGUCAAGGUGCAGCGCCUUGGAGUUUCUUCCCCCAAACAUUGGAAACCUUAAGAAUUUGAAGAUGCUGAUUCUGUCUGGUUGUUCAGAGAUACAAAGGCUUCCUGAAUCUAUAGGGGAACUUGUUAAUCUGAACUACCUCUUUCUGGAUGGCUGUCAGAAAUUGAUUACACUUCCAUACUCAUUUGCAAACUUAACACAACUCAAACACUUGGAUCUUUCUGGAUGUAGUCAUCUCCAUCUGCAACUUACGGCAUCCUCAAAAGAUGCAGAAGCUAUUGAUCAACUCUCUGAUAUUUCUGAAAUGAAAGAUCUGGAGGAACUUAAGCUUCAAGUCAAUGGCUUCACCAAGCUGCCAGAUAGUUGUGGUCAACUCUCAUCAUUGACUGUUCUGUACUUACAAGGCCCUCAUCUAAUGGAACUACCCUAUUCUUUAGGUGAUCUUUUUGCACUAACUGAUAUUUGCUUUGACGGUUGUUAUAAUCUUAAAGGUUUGGUUUAUGCCAUUGGGAAACUUACAAGGCUGAAAAAUCUGAAUAUAUCUGCAUGUGGGUUGGUAGAGCUACCUGAGGAGAUCGGAGAACUAUGCAAUCUAGAAACAUUAUGUAUAAGGAACUGCAGGAGCCUGACAAAAUUACCAUCUAGCAUCAAUCAUCUUUCAAGAUUGCUAAAACUUGAACUAGAAGGAAACUCUAAUCUCCAUGUGUCACAUGAAAGCUUUCUGAACCUUUCAUUGCUCAAUAAGCUCGUACUUGGUGCUUGUGUCAUCUUAGACUAUUGUUUUUCUAUGAUACCAAAUUAUCUUUUGUCUUUGACAAAUAUGAAACUUCAGGGACUUCAGAUGUCAUUGAUAAAAUUUCCUGAAUAUGCACUGCCCAAUAUUGUAUCCCUUUCCAUAGUCUCCUGCAACAGUUUAAUUGAAGUCACAAUCUUACCAAAGCUCAGGGUUCUAGAAAUAGUGAGUUGCCUUCAACUUAGGAUUGUUUAUAUUCCUAGAGCAACAAUGUGGUUAAGAAACCUCAAACUGAGGCAAUGCCCAGAGCUAUCAGUGAUACAGUCCAUUGAUAUGCUCCGGCAUCUUGAAAAGAUUGAUACAGUGGGCUGUGUGAACUUGAAUUACAUACAAGGCUUGGAGUUGGUCAGGACACUGAAGGAAAUUCAUAUCUUCAUUACAUACUGGGGUUUCCGUUAUCAUGGAGAUGAGUGGCUGCAGAAACUGCAGAAUUACAUAUAUGCACCUGCUAUGCAUUUUGCAACCAAGUCAGUUAUCAACAAGCAUGAGAUUUUUAAGAAUUUCAAGAAGAUGAAUCAAACUUCCAACCAUAAGCUCACAUUUGAGCUUCCAGAAUCAACUGUUCCAUAUGCAUGGGUCAUAAUUGCCUUCCUUUCCCAUGAUUCCUAUGAAGAUAUUAAAAAUUUGAUGAUAUCACUUCAUGAUAUGAAAAGAAAUGCUUCUGGUGAAACGGAUGCCCCACUUCAGAGGGAAGGAAAUAUAGUUCUAUCCCUGGAUGAUGGCUCCACAACCAUGUUGCCGGUGCAUGAAUACCCUGCUGCUGAAGUUGGUGAGACUUUGCACUUUAGUAUAUUCAGUGGUAACUUUUGGUUGUGCGAACAACUGAAAAGUGGUCGAGUAAUCAACGUCUCAAGCAAUUCAUACCACAUCAGCCUUAAAUCAGGUUGGGUUCGUAUGUUGUCCAUAGAAGAGGAGUCAAAUAUAGAAGCUAUUCAAAGAAAUUUCUUUGAAGAACUCAGAAAAGAUAAGGAGGAAGCAUUGAGCAUUGUUGCCGAGUGUGAGGACAGUUUCUAUUCAACACUUCUAAAGAUGAGAAUGGAAAACUGUCAAAGAGAGGUCCUUCCACUAUUAGUUGAUGCAAUAGAGGUCCCCAAUAGUCUGGACAUGAAGAUCAAUACCCAAUUAAUUGCAUCCCAGUCUAUGGCAGAAAUGAAGGACUUUGAAGCUUUAGACAUUGCGAAUUGCAGAAUAAUGCGAACCCACAUUUUAGUAGAACUACCAAUUUGGAGUGAAUUCAUUGCACCAACAUAUAAAAAAGAACAAGCACUAUUCCUUCAAGAUUGCAGACCAAGCCUCUCCAUUCUUCAUUUGGAAAUAAGCAAGGCUUGCAGAAGAGUGGUGGAAAAUGUUGUCACUGAUAGUCAUGUCACAAUUAUUCAGGUGACAAUUGGUGAGAACUACGAGAUCCCAGGUAUCAUAAAUCACACUUAUUUACAAAUUCUGAAUUCAGAAGAACAAGGAGAGUACAAGGAGAACCCAUCUAGAGACUUGCAAGUUGUGUUGUACCACCAUGAUGAUCUGGAGUAUAUGAAACGGGUAGAUGAGGAGAUUGAGUUAAGGAAGUAUAUGGGUCCUCGGAUACAGUUCUUUGCAGAUGAUGACAAUGGUGUUGGCAUUUUCCUUCCGGAUAUUUCAAGCAGUGAUGAUGAUAGUGAUGACGACGAUGGUGGUGGCUCUUAUUAGUCUUUCUUCUUCAUAUUUCAACUUCAUUUAGAGGUGUGACAAUAGUGUAUCAUUUUUGGGAUACAAGGAUGAACAAACUGUGGCUCCCUCAACUUUCUGAUUCUCUUAUUUUCUGUCAAA